CCCCACCAGGCCGCAGCGAUGUUCUACUCCCACUCCGUCCUGGCUCGGAAGAGCCCGCUGGGGACGGUGUGGAUCGCCGCGCACCUCGAGCGCAAGGUCAACCGGACGCAGAUCGACUGCGUCGACGUCCCCUCCUACGCGUCGUCCAUAAUGGACCCCGAGGUCCCCAUCGCGCUCCGGCUGUCGGGGCAUCUCCUCCUCGGGCUCGUCCGCAUCUACUCGUGGAAGGUGAACCACCUCUUCCAGGAUUGCAACCGGAUGCUGAGCGAGGUCAGAACCGCCUUCGCCUCCAUGGCGGCGAUAGAUCUGCCAAUCGACGCGGACCGUGCCCUGUUCGAGGUAAUCACUUUGCCGGAGACCUUCAGCCUGGAUGAUUUGAACCUUGAUGAUGCGAUUCGUCAGAUUGAUACGCCGGACCGUCAUCGGCGGACCUCUGAUCAGAUCACCUUGUCUGGAGAAGGGUAUGUGAUGAUCACCCUUGACGAGGAAGGUGGGGCAGAGUUCACCUCUCCUGCCGGUCGAUCCUCCGGAUUUGAGGCUGAACAGCAGGAGCAGGAGACGUUCCCUCCUUUGCCAGAUGAUAUCAUUUCUGUAGAUCCUCCUCUCCAAGGCAGUUUUUCAGUGACCCACCAAGAAACACCAGAAAUAUUGCGUCGAGCAACUGAUAGUGUGUCAAGGUUUGAAGAUGUUAUUGAUGGCGGUGACCUCAUGGAGGAAGAUCCGUCGCCGUUCACAGAAAAGGUUACCACGCCACAACCAAUGUACUCACCUUUAUCACCUGUGCUUCGGACGUCCAUUCCCAACGUACCAGCCCGUAUCAGCCAUGAGCCUGUUGAUGAAGAAGAUCUGGAACCAGCAGGUGGCACUGGAAUCUUGGCACCUGCAGCAUUUAUCCUUGAAUCAUCUCCACCACCUCAAGUACAAGUACAAGGUAACAGGAGAAAGAGAAGGGCGAAUGUACAAGAGAACAGGAGACGGCCUAGAAUUGAUGAUGAAAUCGGGCUCUCCAAUGAUUAUUUGAGGGAUCAAGUUGAUGGCACUGAACUAGGUAAGUUGGCUCGCAGGAGAAAGAUAAUGCCCCAUUCAGCAGUGGAUGUGUGGAGAUUCAACAGGAUAAGCCAAAAGGACAGCCUCUUCUCUGAACCUCUGGUGCAAGGAAUGUGUAGUGAUCUUCAUAAAGCUUAUGAGGGGAACUACCCUCAUGUGAGUGACUCUGAUGCUCAGCCUGCCGAUGUUGUAAAUGUUCUUGACGAGGUUCAGCCUGCCGAUGUUGUGAAUAUUCAUGACGAGGUUCAGCCUGCCGAUGUUGUGAAUGAUUGUGAUGAGGAUGCACCUAUAGGAAAUGCAGAUACACAGGAGCUUCAACCUCAGGUCACCUCAAAAUCAACAGGAAAUGGAGAGGCAACGCCAUUUGAUUUGUCACCCGAGCUCCCUCGCUUCUCUCCACAGAAGGGUCUAUCUCCAGUAAGAGAAGAAGAUCACACCCCUUUUGAAACCUCUGGACGAAGUGGAACCCCAUGGUCAGGACUUGGAGGAACCGGUGCUACUGUACCAGUAACACAUUGCAGUUAUGCAUCACCUGGAAAAUAUACUAUUGAAUCUGAUUUCCCAUUUGGUACUGAUGAUCUUGAUGAAGAUCUACCAGAGUUUCCUGGGCUGAUGAAUACCCCUAGCAUGAUAUCCAGUGUGGGUACCAGCACCACAGGAUUAGGCAGCAUCAUGUCUACCAGGACAAGGGCUGCCGCACAGUACUUCAAAUGUAUGAUGUCUUCAGCCACUUCAGAAGACCAGCAAGGGAAAUUCAGUUUAAACAGAAUCUUGGACGGGAGGACAAAGAAGCAAGCUGCAAGAAUGUUCUUUGAAACGUUGGCCCUGAAGAGCUAUGAUUAUAUUGAUGUCUAUCAGGAAGAGGCAUAUGGUGAUAUUUCAGUUUCGGUUAGACCGUCACUCUCCAGUGCCAAACUUUGAACUACUCUGUUUUCCUUCAGUUCAAGUAGACUUUUUUGUUUUGUUUUCCUGGCCUGUCUAAUAUUAGUCCUGGUUUAGAAUAGUGCUAUGUUAUUUUACGCCUUCUCCUAAUGUUCCUGUAAUAUUUGGCGUGUAUCUCAGUUUCUGUUAGUUCUGUUCAGAACCUGGCAAUGCUAGUGUGAGUGGAGCUGAAGGUGUUUUGUAUACAUUGUGAUAUGUUGCAACUCUCGUAAUCUUUA